CCCGGUUUUGUUAAUUUUUAAGACAUGGAAGGCACCAUAUAUUUUUUCUUUUCAGUUCCAUUAAUUUGAGCUUGAUUUCAUAUUCAAUCAGAAAAGGGCUAUUUUUGCUAUAAAGUUGAUAUCACGAUCGGUUGAGUUGAGCGUAGUAGGAAAUCCCUAUCCCACCCCCCCACACAGCUCCUUAUUGGAAUUUCUGAAAUGUCAGCUCGCCAUUUUGGAUUUUGAGAACUUAAGUCCAAAUUUGGAAAUCUGAGAAAAAGAGCAAGAUUCCGGUUCUGUGUUCACUCGAGAUUUGUUUACAACGCUCUUGAGAGCAUUUGUAGGCAAUGCAUUGAUUAGUCAAAGCAACCCAACAGUUGCUUGAAAGAGCUCAUAGCUCUUAAAGCCACUUUUGCAUUGGCUGACAAGACAAAAGUUUCUUCACCAUGAAUCAUUUGCCGAACUCCAAGAUGUCAGCCCAAGAGUAUUGUUUGCGAUGGAAAUACCAUCACAGUAAUUUACAGCAAAUGUUUUCUAAUUUAUUGGAAAGAGAAUGCUACACUGAUGUUACCCUCGCUUGUGAGGGGAAGACACUAAGAGCUCACAAGAUGGUCUUAUCUGCCUGCAGUACAUACUUUGAUAGUAUUUUCUCAGAAUAUUCAGAGAAGAACCCUAUUGUUAUUUUAAAAGAUGUGAAGUUCAUGGACAUGAAAUCUUUGGUUAAUUUCAUGUAUCGUGGAGAAAUCAAUGUCCAAAAUUCUCAUCUAACAUCCCUUCUGAAAACUGCGGAAGACUUGAGAAUCAAAGGUUUAGCUCAGAUGUCCUGGCCAGCAGAUAAUAACGAGACAGUCAAAGAAGGAACCCCAGACAACUCGUCUGAAGGUCACAAAAAGCGCUCCUCAGAUGAAGGUUCAAAUCCCCAACUUUCUGUGUCAAAUGGAUCUGAAUCCCCUGUCAAUAAAAAGAGGCGACCAAACAGCUACAGCCCCAAGGUGGAUUCUGGUGAAGAGCAGUCCCAAUGGGAUCAGGAUGACUCUGAGCCUGAAAUAAUUCCGGCAUCGGAUCCUCUUCAAAACGAAGACAGGAGCUAUGGAAACAUGAUGCACAGUGCAGUACAGGAAACAUUCAAUGACCAUAGUGAUGGAGAUGCUGGAUACAACAAUUCUGGUGAUGUGCAAGACUCUCGACCUCCGAUUGAACCUGUACCGCAACCUGCGCCGCAACCUCCACCACCAUCUUCCGUUAGCACCCCCUUGUCUGACAGAUUUCGGGACGUUAUCAAAAUGAAUGACUAUCUUGUGUCUGGCCGAAGACCUCAAUUCUGGGAAGAGGCUUUCACCAGAAAUGUUAUGGAAGCUAUAAGGAAUAAGGAUAUUGAAAUGAAAGCUGGUGCUGAAAUUUUGGGUGUAUCAUAUGGAACCCUAUAUGGUCGCUAUCGUGAAGCCUUCGGAUGUCUGAAACAUCCUUAUCGAGUUCGUGACUUUUGGUCUGAGCCUGGACCUGCUGGAGUACUUGCAAAACUUCAGCGGAAAGAACUGACCUUAUUCAGAGCAGCUGAGAUUUUGAAUGUCACAGUUACAACCCUUGCCAAUUAUUUAUCAACUCUCCGCCAAGAAGAUGCCGGUCCGUAUGCUAGGAAUGACUAUGUCCGAGACAUGGAUGAUGGAAACCAUGACAUGUUGAUGGGGCAUAUGGAAGAGGCCUUCUUCGCCAAUCAUGGUCAACUCGUGAAACAAGAAUCACUAGUUGGCUUGGGUGGAGAUGAUGAUAUUGACUCUGAAAAUUCGCAUGGAGGUGUUUAGAAAUAAUUGACCUUUAGUCAAAAUGUUAAGUGUUUUAGGUUAAAUUGGUUAAGUUAUUAUCAUGUGACUGAUUGGGAGAAACAACAGUGUUUGUGAUAAAAGUUUUCUGUGCCUUCCCAAUCUGUUGAUUGUCACAUAGCGUGUAUGGUUUCUGACAAAGUUUUGAAACUUCGAAAAAGUUCCUGUUUAUUUGUAGCAACAUAGCGUGUUGCUCGAUUACAUUUAUGACAAGUUCCAACUUAGCAAUUUUGGUAAUGUGAUUUUUAUCAAUCCUAUUUGUACACAUUUAUGUAUGUUUAGAUCAAUGCCUUCCUGGCUCCAUCAUCUAAUCUAUAUUUGAACAUCUUAAUGUUCUAAUCAAGUGACCAGCGUAGAAUAGUUCCUUUGUGCAUUGAGUCAUCUCGACUCAUUGAGUGCGGCUGGAAAACGGGAGCGACAGUAAACGAAUGUUCACUCUGCUUUCAAAGUGUUGUUGCGUUGUUGAUGUAACUGCUGGUUGCCUCCUGUAUUGGUCACAAUCUUCACAAACUUCCUUCAUAAUGUAGAAGCUUAUCCAAUUGAUGUUAAACCUUGGUAUGACAGGUGAGCGCCCUUAGGGCGCUGUGCCCUGAAUGUAGGCAAUUUGUCUGACUUUUAGCCUGUAAAUAAACAAAUCAGGAGCAUACAGGGGGGUACGGGGUCUCCGCUCUAGGUCAUGAUCACAAACACCCUCAAUAUGAUGCCUGAUGCAAUCCGUCUGAGUGUAGGCUAAAAGUGUGACAUUUGUCAUCGACUGCGCUGGCAAGUUAUGGUUGCUAGACAUAAUAAUAAUAAUAAUAAUACUGUGUAUAGGAUUCAUCCUAGAUAUCAUUCAUCUGUAAUUCAUUCGUUCAUUGAAACAUGUGAUCAUCUAUUUUCAUGAUUUUGUUUGUUUUCUUGAUACGAUCAGGAAUAUGUUCAUAUUUGUUACUUUUGAUAACUAUGAGGAAAAGGUAAUUUUUAGUUUAGUUACUGCAGCUUUCUGAACGCUGAGCAUGUUACAUUGUUAAAAGCUUUAUUGGCCUUUAAUGUACCACUACAGAUAUUUAAGUGGUGUUGUGGUUUGUGGAGGAUUACCUCUGAGAUAUUAGUUAAAAGUUGUCUAGCUUCAUUGUGAAGUAUUUAACUGGGGCAGAUAAAUGCAUGCACUUGUUAAUGACAUAAUCAAUGCAUGUAUCAUGCAACUGAAUUUCAUACAUUGGCUCUGUGUGAUGCAUAGAAAACACCAUACUUUAUAAACAACUUAGUUUCUGUAAUUUCUGUUAGUGUUUAAGAUAGUGAGCUUAUUAAGUUAUUGUCUUUUUGAAGCAUUUUUGGAGUAUUUUUCCUCGAGGGUUAGCAGUGGCUAAAACAGUUGUGGUCUUACCAUGGCCCACUGACAAUUCAUCCUCCUCGGGGGAAAUCUCUGAAGCACAUGCACAGUGACUGAUCUUUUUGUAGACUGGCUCGAAAACUUCCUAAAAAGUUUCAGUGGGGUUUCUUUUUGUUUUAAAUUGGUAUUCUCUUUACCACCGUAUGAUGGCAAUUUGUAUGUACAAUUUGCUCUUUAAAGUGCUUUUUUUUUUCUUUCUUCAAAUGCCUGGGAUUUUUGGUGCAUUGUUACUGCUAAUGUGUCUUAAGAGUCUCUAUUAAUGAGUUUAGGGCAAGUAUUUAUUAUUUACAAGCAAGGUUAAUGUGCGGUGAAAGUUAACAUGAGUUCCUAUACAUCACUUUAUAGUUGAAGUGAUACCUGCCAUACUGCUAUAUUGAUCUUUCAUAUUACAUUUUGUAACCAUUUUAAGAGUUAAUUGCAGCAUAGUUCACAGAGAAAUUAUUUAUUAUUCAUUAUUUAUGCUUUCUCAUCAGUUUUAAUCCUUAGGGAUUGAACAAAUAUUUUAUGUAAUCAUAGAACUCAACUUUGUCAAGGUUGCAGUUGGGUGUAAAGCAUGUAACUUAUAAGAAAUUAUUCUCAGAAUUUUAGAACCGACCAGCAAUAUUUGUUGGCAUUAUGUUGCCUUUGGUUUCUUCUCCACAUCUCAGACAAAACCUUUCAAACUAGAACUUUUUAAUAAUGUUAAUGUAUCCAGAAUUCUGAAUAGCUAGCAUUCAAGUUGCCGUGUAGAUGGAUUUUUUGCCCCUUGUGAUAUUGUAAGUUUCCAUGCUUUUUGUGGUUUAUUUAUGAAAAAAUCCAUAUGUUCCUGCUUUACACAAUUUUUCUGUGAGUGGAAAUAUAAAAUUGAAUGCAUCAUAAUGAGGCCUUUCUUUCACACAUUUGCUCUGAAAUGGUAUCAUCAGAUUCUCGCACCCUUGUAAAAAGAAAAGUGUGAAGUUUUUCUUGAAAGGAAGGUGGUCAACAGUUGAUUCACUUGUCAUUUGUACCUGACAUUGCUCUAAAAAAGAUUUUAAGAGUAUUUAACUUUCAGAAACCUAAACAAGGCCCAUUAUAAAUUAACAGUUAAAAUAUCUUUUAAAAAAGAGGGUACUCCUUAAGAAGACAUUAUGGCCGCUUUAGUUCCAGUUGUUCAUUGUGUUUUAACUAAUACUGUGUGUUGUGAUCAUGUGUGCAGCUGUCGAGCCCUAAUGUGCCUCCUAUCAUCAAGCCACAUUGUUUUGUGAGCAAUAUGUGUCAUGAAACUGAAUUGUUCCUCUAACUUAAUUUUAUUUAUUUGUUUUCCCCUGGAUGUCAACUUUCUUGCUUUUUGGGCUUGAAGUGGUUGUUGUGCAAACUGUAUCAGGAAAACUGUUAAAGAAACAACAAAGUCUGAAUAUCUCUUGUCAAUUUUUGUUUUGGGGUCUGCAUUCAUUUCGGCAAGUGCAUGACAUAACAUAUAUAGGACAUUCAAAUUUGCUUUGUUCGAGCUUGAGGCAAGGUGUUCUAAACAAUUUCCCUUAAGCCUUAUGAUGUCCUUUGUAGAAUUUUACUUACCUUUGUAUUGAUUGGCUAUCCUUUUUCAUGCAGUGACUAAAAUCUUCAUUAUGUGAUUUGUGGAGUAAGUGUAGUGUAAAUAUAUCUAUGGGUUAGAGGCAAUAUUGUUGCACAGUAUUACGAAAUUUUAUGGUGUUAGAAAAUGUAAGGUAAUAGCUGACUAUAGAAACCUUUAGGAUCUGUAUAUAUUCAUAUUAUUGCAUUUACAAAUUAUUUUAAGUUAUGUAUCCAUGUACCAUGCUCUCAACAUCAUAAAGUAUUUAUUGUUUUCAUUUUUAAUUUCAUUUACAUUUUUAGCGUUGUACUGACCACAUCAUAGACCUCUUUAAGAAUGCUACGCUUAAGCUUCUAAUUUUUGUAGGAUCAUAUUGUAAAGGCUUUCUGGUUUUAGUUUUCUUUCUUCCUUCAUUUAAAAAAAACCUUUUUAUUAGAUGUGGUUAGAAACAAUGAUGCAAACAAGCUUGGUUGUUAUAUUGCAACAGGGCCAUCCUGUCAGCGAGUCUUUGAUCUGUGUAUAGAGGGAGAUGAGUUUAAAACCCUGCAGCAAAUCAUCAUCACAUUUGGAAAAAUGCAAAUUUGAACAUUAGUCUGUUAUUAUUGUUUGUCGUUAACUUUUUAGCUUAUUCCAAUGCUUUAAAAUUAUGGUUGUGGAAAUCCUAUGAUGGAAAAGCUUACCUCAUCAAUUAGUCUGUUUGAUCCUUUUGCUAUUGCAAAAACACAAUCUUUUAAACAUGAUUAUACUGACAUUUUCAAAUGACAUCACUUAAAUUUUUAGCAAUUGCUUUAUCUAAUCCAGUUUUGUUUUUGUUUUUUUGUUGAGGGAACACUGUCAUUGCAGUGUCCAAUGCUCAAACAUUCCUUAGGUUAAAGUUUCUCUGUGUCAAAUGUCAAUUUGAAAAGAGAUUGUGUCAGAUGACCAUUCACUCUACAACAUGCGCCACAUACUAGUGUAAAUCACUACCUCAGAACUAAUCCUUCUCUCUAACAGGUCAAAGCUACUUUGGCCCUUGAAAUUUAACUGUGAAAAUCAGGAUUCCUGCUGAGUUUCAUAAUUAAACAUUAUACCAGCAGUUCCUUACAAUAUGUAAAAGUUCCUGACCUAUUCUUGUUUUUAAAUAAUAAUUUCCCUGUGAGGUUCCUA